GUGAACUCAUGGCGCAGACGACUCUGAGCCAUGCGCGGGGCGGGGGCGCGGGGCCGCGCGCUCGGCUACCGGAUGAAGGGGGGCCUGUGCGUGUUUGUGGUCAUCGUGCUGGGCUUCUUCAAUGAGUCUCAAGGCACAGCGCACUACGGCGAAGACAGCGUGGGCUCGUUCCCGUACUUCGAGUACAACGUGCCGCGCAACGUGACCACCGUGGUCGGCCAGACCGCCUUCCUGCACUGCAGGGUUGAGCAACUGGGAGAUAAGGCCGUAUCAUGGAUAAGAAAAAGAGAUCUUCACAUAUUAACAGCGGGGAUCCUCACAUAUACUUCUGAUCAGAGGUUUCAAGUGAUCCGACCAGACAAGUCGGAGAACUGGACGUUGCAGAUCAAGUUCCCUCAGGAGAGGGACGCUGGCAUCUACGAGUGUCAAGUCAAUACGGAACCCAAGAUGUCGUUGGCGUUCCAACUCAAUAUUGUUGAAGCGAAAGCGCACAUCCCCGGGCCGGCAGACCUGUACGUGAAGACCGGCAGCACGCUCUCACUCACGUGCAUAUUGAGCCAGGGCCCGCACGACCUGGGGACCAUCUUCUGGUAUAAGGGUCCAAACAUAAUAGAAUACAAAGAGACAGACGACAACGAGCUAGAAGAACCACCCCGGAUCAGACUUCGCACGGAGUGGACGGAGCAGCUGACGUCACGCCUGCUCGUGGAGCGCCUGCUGCCCGGCGACAGCGGCAACUACAGCUGCGUGCCCACCAUGGCCGCGCCCGCCGCCGUGCACGUGCACGUCAUCAAUGGCGAGCACCCGGCAGCGAUGCAGCACGGCAACGCCAACACAGCAAGUCCUUGUGCUCUAUCAGUGAACCUACUCAUCUCACUUUACUGUACUUUAGCCACUUUCUACACUGCCGUCGACGGUUACAGGUGAAAGCUAAAGUGAGGGAAAUUAGAACAUUUGUGACUAGUGACUUUGGUGUGGCAAUAAAGUUGGUUUUAAAAGACUUUGGAAGUUGGAAGUUUUACGUGCGGUGGUUUUUAGUGGACAUUCACUUCUUGAUAAGUAAAGCCUAAUUA